AUGGCAGAUCGCCAAGAGCAGAUCGAUGCUGUGGCCAAGCCCUCCACGUCAAGGCGCUCCAGCACAAGCCCAGAUUCAGACUCAGACAUGCCCUCGCUCAACGGUACAUCUGCCGAUGACGCGCGCCUCGCCGCGCUGCGCGGACAGGCGUUGCCCGAAGACCCGGCCGUCUACCUGCAGAGAGAGGGCGAGGCCGCCGUGGUCCACGGCAUCAGGCACCACCUCGCCUUUGCGCAGUCGCCCGCCGUCGUGGCGCUCUGCCAGAACCCGGCGCGCAAGAUCUUCGCGCGGGCCCGGCACGCCCGCCUCAUCAUGAGCGACCUCAUCCCCGAGAUCCCUGACGACGGCGACGCGGCUCUGCUGCCGUACUGCAUCUGGCACCCGGACGUCGCGCGCGAGGCGACCUACCACGAGGUCGCGCGGCGGUACCCGGCGCUGCGGUACAGCGUCGCCCGCGCCUGCGCCGUGGCCGGCUACGCGGGGCUGUACCGCGAGCUCGACGUGCUGCCGGAGGUGACCGUCGCGGAGGAGGCGCAGGCAUCGUCGGCCCCGGGGGCGCGGGAGAUUUCGGACGCCAUCAUGGCUGCGCCGGUGCGCUACGGGGUCAUGAACGACUACGAGAACCGGCUCUUUGCGGAGCCGAGGGCCGGCGCGCGCCUCAACGCCGACACGGCGGUCGUGCCCGUGCUGCGCCGCGUGCGCACAACCCACACGGCGGUCGUGCCGGACGCCUGGCCAAGGUACUGGGACGUGGAGGAGGACGGCUACAUCGGCGAGGAGAACCUCGGGCACGCCGGCGAUGACUACUGCGGCGCGGUGGGCGAGGUUGAGCGCGCGCUGCUGUCGCGGCCGCUGCCGGAGGACCUCCCCGCGGGGGUCAACAAGGACGUGCUGAUCCUGAUGGCCGCGUACGAGGGUAACGCGGACCGGUACGCGCGGCUGGAGCGGCCCGGUGGCAUCCGCGGCGAGGAGGCGUGCAUCGCGCGGGGCAUCUUCCACAGCACCACGUUCGCCCUGCACUGGUCGGCGCGGGGCGUCCGGGGCGCUCUCGCGGCGGCGGUGCACGCGCGCCGCGCCAUGCUCAACGACCUCUCCUGGCUCGUCCCCGCGCUGCCCGAGGAGGAGCUGCCGUACAUGAUCUGGUACCCGCUGCGGCCGCGGCACCUCACGCUGUGGGAGAUUGCGCGGCGGGAGCCACGCAUGUGGUUGGCCGUGGCGCACGCGUGCGUCGCGUGCGGCUACCGCCCGCUGUUCGACCUGCUGCUGCCUAGGAUCAAGGCGACGAGGGAGCUGCGGUGGGAGGCGGAGCGCGGCGCGGACAGGCACUUUGAGGAGUCGCUGCGGCGGGUGAAGACGGAGGGCGGUGGGAGGGGGGAGGCGGAGGCGGAGGAGGACAAGGAGCCGACGGAGACGCUGGUGAGCGGGCAGAUGGACGUGGAUGCGAUCGGGGAGGCGCACCAUCCGGCGGUGUGGGCGGGGUACGGAGCGAACGCGGCGGCGCUGGAGCUGUACUUGAUGGUGCCCGAGGCGAUUCGCAAGGCGGCGGCGGAGUCGGAGGUGGGCAACUUUUCGCUGUAUGAGGCGGAUGAUGACGUCGACCGGGCGUGGGACGAGAGCAUCUUUGAGGGGUUGGAGACCAAGGACUGA